CAAAGGGAAAAGGAAGCCAUCAGAGGGGGGUGACCCCCUAGACCCACCUCUGUCCCCUCUCCCCGAUGGUGAUCAGAGCAGGCGCCAGAGCCCUGCCCAGCUGGAGAGCCUGCCCCCAGGAACUCACUGUCUGGUAGAGGCUGAGAUGUGGAUGUAACAAAUCUAGAGCAAAAUAAAGAAGCGAUCUGUCUGGAGAGGCCUGAAGGAGGUUCAGGGUCACUUUUCUGGCUGUCUCCAGAGCCAGGCGUCUGCGGACUCUGACUCGGGGUCCUGGUCAUUAAUGCUGGACUCCCCCGAGGCAGGCGGGGAGCGGGAGGAGGAGCAGGCCUUCCUGGUCAGCCUCUACAAGUUCAUGAAGGAGCGACACACGCCCAUCGAGAGGGUGCCCCAUCUCGGCUUCAAGCAGAUUAACCUGUGGAAGAUCUACAAGGCAGUGGAGAAGCUGGGGGCCUAUGAGAUGCAUCUGGAGUGGAAACCCUUCCCCAGCUCUCCCGUGUGCUGCAGCAAGGAGGGGCCCACCUCGCCCACUGCUACUUUGCUGCUCCAAGUGACCGGCCGCCGCCUCUGGAAGAACGUGUAUGACGAGCUGGGGGGCAGCCCCGGCAGCACAAGCGCAGCCACUUGCACGCGCCGCCACUACGAGAGGCUGGUCCUCCCUUAUGUGCGGCACCUGAAGGGGGAGGACGACAAGCCACUGCCCGCCUCCAAGCCCAGGAAGCAAUACAAGAUGGCCAAGGAGCCUCGGGGGGAUGAUGGGGCCAUUGAGAGGCUGAAGAAGGCCAAGGAGGAGAAGCAGGUAGACCAGAUGAUGCCAGGAAAGACCAAAAAAGAUGCCACCAUUGACCUGGCACAGCUUCCCAGCCAGGAGCUCCCCAGGAAUGGCACAGAACAGGCAGGCACAGCCCCUGGAUCCUCCCUGCCCUUUGUGGGUGCCAGCAGCUGCCCUGAAGCCUACAAGCAGCUCCUGUCCAGCUUCUACUGCAAAGGGAUACAUGGCAUCAUGUCACCACUGGCCAAAAAGAAGCUCCUGGCCCAAGUGAGCAAGGUUGAGGCCUUGCAGUGCCAGGAGGAGGGCUGUUGCCAUGGGGCAGGUGGCCCAAAUGGGGAGCCCCAGGCAUCCUCAGCCGUUCUCAGCCCGGAUUAUCCCCCGAGCUCCGGAGGACCAGCUGAAAACUCCAGGCACCAGCUGUCCCCUCAGGAGAGACUGCAGGCCUCUGGUGGCAGCCUUAGGGAGGAGGCUCAAGCUGGCCCCCACAUACCAGCUCCCAUCUUCACUGGCUGUUUCCAUGCCUACCCCACCAAGGUGCUGAAGCCUGUCAGCCAACACCCCCGGGACUUCUUCCCCAGUCUUAAAGAUGGGGUGCUACUGGGGCCCCCUGGCAAAGAGGAAGGGCUGCCGGUCAAAGAGCCCCAGCUGGUGUGGGGUGGGAAUGCCAGCCGGCCUUCUGCAUUCCACAAAGGUGGCUCCAGAAAGGGCAGCCUCUACCCUAAGCCCAAAGCCUGCUGGGUGUCCCCCAUGGCCAAGGUCCCUGCUGAGAGCCCUGUGCCCCUACCCAACUUCCCAAGCAGCCCUGGCUUGAGCAACAAGCGCAGCCUGGAGGAAGAGGGCUUUGCCCAUAGUGGCAAAAAACUGCGGGCAGUGUCUCCCUUUCUUAAGGAGGUAGAUGCCAAGGAGUGUGGGGCCAAAUCUGUGGGGCCAGGCUUGGCCGUCUCCUGUCUGCUGGGCCCAGCCCUGGGGCCUGCCCUCCCGGACGCCUACAGGGGCACCAUGCUGCGCUGCCCACUGAACUUUGCUGGCACCCCAGACCCCUUAAAGUCCCAGGCCACACUCCCCUUCAGCCCCCUGGUCAUCCCAGCCUUCCCGGCCCACUUCCUGGCCACUACAACCCCCUCACCCAUGGCCGCUGGCCUGAUGCACUUCCCCCCAGCAUCCUUUGACAGUGCUCUCCGCCACAGAUUCUGCCCGGCCUCAUCUGCCUGGCAUGUGCCACCUGCCACAACCUAUGCAGCACCCCACUUCUUCUCCCUCAACACCAAGCUGUAGGGUGGAUCCUGCAGAGCUGCGCUGCACUGUGCUGUGGCGGGUCUGAUGCCGCCUGAGGGUAGGCACUGCCAGGGGGCUUGGCUGCAGCCCAUUCCCCACAAGUGCCCAGCUGUGCCCCAUGCAGAAAUGGGCCUCUGGGCCCAAAGAGAAAGGGAGUGGGGAAACUGAGUUUAUCUCAAAGCAGCAGCCCAAGCCUGGGAUAGGGGGUCCAGUUGUUGCAAGGCCUUGGGAGAAGAUGGCACGGGGCUGGCAGUGACCACCUGGGCCCCCCAGAGCAGAAGCCAGAAUGGGGUGAAGGGCUGAGGAGCUGGAUGGCACCUUGGAGUGUCCAGGCUGCUCAUGGACAAUCCAAUAAAAGAUCAGUGUGAAUCCA